CUGUACGUCAACCCCUGAAGCUUAAAAUGCAGUACGUAUAUACCACAUGAUCCAAGAUCCAACACGUAUAUAAAUGAAUAGCUCGGUGGUAUCAUGGUCGACCUGGGGUAGCUAGUUCCACUGACUAAUUAAGGUCGUCGUGCACGAACAAAAUCAAUCGAAAAACGAACAGUGCAUACAGAUCGAACAGAAAGAUAUCUAUCGAGCUUAGGUAAUAAGCUCUAGGUUGCCGCUGAUCGAUUGAUCAAGCCUCUCUGCGUUGCAUUGGGCAUUGCACGCUGUGAUCGAUGGCAACAACUCGUAUGAGUAGCAGCGCCGGCGAAGAAGAAGAAGAAGAACUGGCGUUGGCGGCGGCGCCGGGGUUCCGGUUCUAUCCGACGGAGGAGGAGCUGCUGGGCUUCUACCUCCGCCACCGCCUCUCCGCCGCCGCAGCCCGGCCGCAGCUCCACCGCGUGAUCCCCGUCGUCGACGUCUACGCCCACCACCCUUCCCAACUCCGCUCGAUGGCGGGGGAGGCGAGCGCUCGGGACGCGGAGCAGUGGUUCUUCUUCUGCCCGCGGGCGCCGGAGCGGGAGCUGCGCGGGGGCAGACCGGGACGCACCGCGCCCUCGGGAUACUGGAAGGCCACCGGCUCCCCCUCCUACGUCUUCUCCUCCUCAUCUUCCUCGUCUUCAGAGCUCAUCGGGGUCAAGAGGACCAUGGUGUUCUACCAUGGCCGCGCGCCCACGGGGGCCAAGACCCGCUGGAAGAUGAACGAGUACAAGGCCAUCGCCCAUGAUGACCCGGUGGCCGCCGCACACCUGCAGCCAACCACGGCGCCUCCCAAGCUGAGGAACGAGUUCAGCGUGUGCAGGGUGUACGUCAGCACGGGGACGCUCAGAUCCUUCGACCGCCGCCCGCUCAAUCCGCCCGGCGCCGGCGGCCAUGGCCAAGCUCAAGUUCAAGCGUAUCAGCAUCAGAGUGUGCCUUCGGCGGCUGCCUUGGACACGAACCUUGCCGAGAACAGUCGCGUCUUUAGUAACUCCCUGAUCGCUGCUGCUGCUGCUAGUGACGUUUUGGACUUCGACAUGGAUUUUUGAUCAAUGUUAGCUACUUGCCUACUCGUAGAAUCCAUUGGAUUAGUAAUGGAGCAAUCUAUUUUAUUUCGAAACAAGGGGUGAUAUCUGAUUUAGAGAUUUUGUUUGGUGUACACAGAAAUUAGAGCCAAAUGAGCUACGUACGCUAUUUCGUUCCUGUUUUGCGGGAACCAUUUUUUGUGUGGUAAAGGUAAAGCACAAGCUUUUGGUCAGGUAAAUCUGCAGAAGAUAUUACUCCGAGUUUAAACAUGCUCUGCCUUCCUGCAGAGUUAGUCUUUUUUAGAGGGAGUGACAGUUUACUUCGUGUUUA